GAGCUGGCGGCCGUUUGAGCUCGUUGGUCCCGGGAUUGGUCUUUAGGUCCGGCCUCGGAAGACCCGACGGGGAAUUGUAGCCAUGAAUGAAGAGAACGCCGAUGGAACAAAUGGCUGCGGGAAAGUACGCACUGGUACUCAGAAUGAAGCGGCCUUGCUGGCUCUGAUGGAGAAGACUGGCUACAACAUGGUGCAAGAAAACGGUCAGAGGAAAUUUGGUGGUCCACCUCCAGGUUGGGAAGGUCCGCCUCCCCCCAGAGGCUGUGAGGUUUUUGUUGGGAAGAUACCUCGUGACAUGUAUGAAGAUGAGCUGGUUCCUGUGUUUGAAAGGGCUGGGAAGAUUUAUGAGUUUCGGCUGAUGAUGGAGUUCAGUGGUGAAAACAGAGGCUAUGCGUUUGUGAUGUACACCAGUAAAGAAGAAGCCCAGCUAGCCAUCCGCAUUCUUAACAACCAUGAGAUUCGACCAGGGAAGUUUAUCGGUGUGUGUGUUAGCUUGGAUAACUGCAGGUUAUUUAUUGGAGCAAUUCCCAAAGAAAAGAAAAAGGAAGAAAUCUUGGAUGAGAUGAAGAAAGUCACAGAAGGUGUUGUGGAUGUGAUUGUUUAUCCAAGUGCAACUGACAAGACCAAGAACCGUGGCUUUGCGUUUGUUGAGUAUGAGUCCCACAGGGCUGCUGCAAUGGCCAGGAGAAAGCUGAUUCCAGGAACGUUUCAACUUUGGGGCCACACCAUUCAGGUAGAUUGGGCUGAUCCAGAGAAAGAAGUUGAUGAGGAAACCAUGCAGAGAGUUAAAGUUCUCUAUGUAAGAAAUUUAAUGAUUUCAACUACAGAGGAAACGAUUAAAGCAGAAUUCAAUAAAUUCAAACCUGGUGCAGUGGAACGAGUAAAGAAACUUAGAGAUUAUGCCUUUGUUCACUUCUUCAACCGAGAAGACGCAGUGGCCGCUAUGUCUGUCAUGAAUGGAAAGUGCAUUGAUGGGGCCAGUAUUGAGGUAACACUGGCAAAGCCAGUGAAUAAAGAGAAUACUUGGCGACAGCAUCUUAAUGGCCAGAUCAGCCCAAAUUCAGAAAACCUGCUUGUAUAUGCUAACAAAGAAGAGAGCCACUCCAAAACUCUAGGCAAGCCGCCAGCUCUUCCCACUCGCCUCAACGGUCAGCAUAGUCCCAGCCCCCCUGAAAUUGAAAGAUGUACUUACCCUUUUUUUCCUGGAACAAAGCUUACCCCAAUUAGUAUGUAUUCUUUAAAAUCCAAUCAUUUUAAUUCUGCAGUGAUGCACUUGGAUUAUUACUGCAACAAGAAUAAUUGGGCACCACCAGAAUAUUAUUUAUAUUCAACAACCAGUCAAGACGGAAAAGUACUUUUGGUAUAUAAGAUAGUUAUUCCUGCGAUUGCAAACGGAUCCCAGAGUUACUUCAUGCCAGAUAAACUCUGCACUACGCUGGAAGAUGCAAAGGAACUGGCAGCCCAGUUCACACUGCUUCAUUUGGACUACAAUUUCCGUCGCAGCUCAAUAAAUAGUCUUUCCCCUGUUAGCGCUACCCUCUCUUCUGGGACGCCCAGCGUGCUUCCUUAUACUUCAAGGCCUUAUUCUUAUCCAAGUUAUCCCUUGUCACCAACAAUAUCACUUGCUAAUGGCAGCCAUGUUGGACAACGACUAUAUAUCUCCAAUCAGGCCUCAUUCUUCUGAAGAAAGUCUGGAUACAGUAGUAUAAAUUUUCUUUGUAUAAGGCAUGAAAAUUAAAGUACUGUUGUAUUUUAGAAUUGGGUUUGCACAUUUGACUUUAAAAACAAUAUAUUUUAACAUUAAAUACCAGCUGUCAUUCAGAACGUCAAGAGUGGUAGGACUGGCAGACACUUGAGUCAGUGGCAGCGAACCACCACUGUUCUUUGUGAACUUGGACUUUCUAAUUCCUGGUUUGAAAAGAUUCCAGUAGUUUAUGUUCUUUUUGUAUAACAACUUUGUAAAACAUCAUUUCAUAACUAUUGAAGUACUUAAAGACAGUGUUUACACUAGACUAGAUUACCAAGGAUCACUAUCUGUAGUGGAGUUUGGAAUAGUUAUGUAACCAGAAGCAUCUAACUAUUAUGUAGAAAGAAAUGAUGAGACAAAAAAGAUUAAGAUGCAAAUUUUUGACAGUCAUAAUGAAAAAUCA